AUGCGUCUCAACCUGCACACCUCGCUCCCCCCGCACCCGGACUGCGCCUGGUCCGUCGCCGUGCACCCCACGCUCCCGCUCCUCGCCAGCGCCUCCUCCGACCGCACCUCCCGCGUCUCGUCCCUGCUCACAUACACGCCGCUCUCCACGCUCGACGGCGGCCACAAGCGCUCCAUCCGCGCCCUCGCCUGGCAGCCCAACGCCUCCCCCUCCGCACAGUCCUCCACCCUCGCCACGGGCUCCUUCGAUGCCACCGCGGGCAUCUGGCACCGCGCCUCCUCAACCUCCGAGUCCGCGGACUGGGACUUUGCCGUUGUCCUCGACGGCCACGAGAACGAGAUCAAGAGCGUCGCCUGGAGCGCCGGCGGGAACUACCUGGCGACGUGUAGCCGCGAUAAGACGGUGUGGGUGUGGGAGGAGCUCGGCGACGACAACUUCGAGACCGUCGCGGUGCUGCAGGAGCACACGCAGGAUGUCAAGUGCGUCGCAUGGCAUCCCAGCGAGCUGUUACUGGCGAGUGGCAGCUACGACGACACCAUCAGGCUGUGGCGCGAGGACGUGGACGACUGGGUGUGCUGCUGCGUGCUCGAGGGGCACGAGAGCACUGUCUGGUGCGUGCAGUUCGAGAAGACGCAGAAGGAGGGGGGCGGCGCCAGGUUGGUGAGCUGCUCGGACGACGGCAGUGUCAGGGUGUGGAGGAGGACGGGGAGGACGGGGGAGCAGGCCAGGGCUAUUCCGAGUAUUUUGAGGGGGAGGCAGAUCGAGGAGACGUGGGUGCUCGAGUCGAUAUUGCCCAAGGUCCACACGAGGGCUGUGUAUUCUGUCUCGUGGAGUGGCAUCAGUGGGCGCAUUGUGAGCUGUGGUGGGGAUGGGAGGAUCGUGGUGUAUGAGGAGGUGCCGCGGACGGAGAAGGAGGGGGAGGAGCAGAAGGCUGAGGGGGAGGAAUCAAAGACGGAGUGGAAGGUCGUGGCCGAGUUUGAGGGCGCGCAUGGCGUGUAUGAGGUCAAUUGCGUGGCGUGGAGUAAGCGCUGGGAUAAGGACCGGAGGAGCGACGAUGAGGAGAUCAUCGUGAGCUGUGGGGACGAUGGGGCGGUGAAUGUCUGGGAGCUGGUGGAGUAG